AUAGAUAUCGUAUCUUUAAUAAUCCUGAUGAUAUUGUGGAACUUGUUGGACCCAUUAGGAAUUCCAUGGUGGCGGUAGAUUGUGCUACACUUGCCUAUUCAGCUUUCACGACCCUGUUUACGUCGUUGAUUUCAAUACCGCUUACAACACCAGGCACUUUCACUGACUCUUGGAAAGAUUUCAAUCAUGUAGUUCAUUGA